GGAUGGGUAGCAAACGGUUGUCUGACGCAGACACACCCCUUUAGAGUCUGCCGGCUUGCAUUCGACACAUACCUUGUCACGGUUGAGCAGACUGUUCUUCUGAGGUGCCUACAGUCUAUACGUGGUAUCCCGCGGACGGUGUCGGAUAGGGCCAGCGUGAAAGAAUUAGCACAACGCUUAUAGGCACAAAUAUUGUAUCAUUUCGAUUGUGAUAAUAGUUGGACUUUAGUGUACAUGUAAAUGAUUGUGUAGAAACAAGACAAGGACUAUCCCAAGCCAUGCACGGCGUGUCUCUGUGGGUCUCGGCCCUUGUGUUUAUCUCAGUGAAGACAUCAGUUCAGGUUGAUGUACCAUUGGAUUGCCAAUCAGGUUGGACACGCAUUGGUGUUCAAUGUUACAUGUUAUAUAAAUGGAUCGUACCAUGGGAAAGUGCUGUCAAAAUCUGUAAAACCUAUGGGUCUGAAAUGGCAAAAGUCACAGAUUUUUAUGAAAACCAGGAUAUUGGCAAUUUCGCAAGCAGUCUCAGUACAGCCAAGUAUUGGAUUGGUUUCACUCGAAGAGAGGCCUCCCCUGUCAAUCAGCUGAUAGGAUAUUGGAGCGACGGUCAAGAAACAUCAAUUGCAGCAGGUUUCUGGGAUAAUGAUCAACCGGAUUCUGACAAAAUGGGAAAAUGUGUCUACGUCAUGAAGAAAAUGGACAGAUAUUAUUGGUCAUUUGGUCCUUGUGAAAUGAAGUUGUCGUACGUUUGUCAGAGACCAGCUUGUCCAUCUGGGAGCUACCAUUGUACUAAUGGCCAAUGUAUAAACCAGAACCUGGUCUGUGAUGGAGACGAUGACUGUGGAGAUGCCUCUGAUGAAAUGAACUGUGCUAGUCGAUGCAAGUACUACUUUAACCAAGCUGCAGGCUCAAUCAGCUCCAACAACUACCCAAGCAACUACCCAGAUGCUAGGAACUGUCAGUGGGUGAUCCACGUCCCGCUUGGACAGAAUGUUUAUCUCAGAUUCACCAACUUCUCCACGGAGAUUGGGGCUGAUAUAGUGCAAGUGUUGGUUGGAGGACAGACUGAGACCCAGGGGCAGCUUGUGGCCACCCUGUCCGGGGAUAGGCAGGCCAGUCUCCCUGACUUCACCAGCUUCAACAACUUCAUCAUCGUCAAAUUCACCACCGACAGCAGCAGCAAUGCACUUGGCUUCAGAGCUGAAUUCAGUGGAAGGAGUGCCAAUCUUCAACCAUACCAGAAUCUCCGGGCGAUAGAUGCUCAGAAGUUCCUCAAAGCCCCAAAUUACCCGUCCAUGUACCUGGGAAAUCAGGACUACACCUGGAUCAUCAACACACUGAUGCAGACACAGAUCAUCACUCUCAAUAUCUUGGAGGUAGACUUGAAGGGUAUGGACAAAAUCGUGAUCCGAAACGGUGACUGUGUGAAGGCUAACCUGCUGUACAUGUUCACAGCUGACACAGAUGUGGGUGACGUCCCAUUCAUCUUCUCCACUGGCAACAGCAUGUACUUCACCAUGCAGACACGCGGCUACCAAGUCGGGAAAGGAUUCAGAUUCACAUACAGACAAGGAUGUGACAUGCUGCUGACUUCCAUGAAAGGCAGACUCUUCUCACCUGGCUAUGCCCUUGAUGGUAACACUGCCAUGAACUACCCCAAUGACAUCUCAUGUAACUUCAGAGUGGACGUGCCUGGCAAACCCAAUAUCACACUCAUCAACAGAGGAUUCAAGACACAGACAAGUGAAGAUGUAGUGACUGUCCAUUAUGGAGGUGCUAGCCCAGAUGUUCUCUCUGGGGACACCGUUGUGCAAAGCAGAUCAAACAAUGGAGAAUUCAAUGUCACCUUCAAAACCAAUGCCAUAAUAAGAGAGAAGGGAUUUCUGUUUGAAUAUUCAAUAGACUGCCCCAACCCUAACUUCAAUGAAAACACAGUUUUGACACCAUCAAACGCAAACUGGCAGUUUAUGUCUGAGUUUGUGGUGACGUGCAAGGAUGGUUACAGGUUUGCCUCACAAGAGUACCAGGACAAAAGCAAGGCUCCUGCCUUUGAAAGCUUCUCCGUUGCAAGAAUGAAAUGCAUGUAUGGAGGAAAGUGGGACCGUGAUACCACUCCAAGCUGUCAGCCCAAGUACUGUGGUUCUGCACCUCUCGUGAAUAAUGCUUACGUCAGCUCCUCAACUGGCCAGAGCAGCAGCGUUGGUGGGAGUGUCACCUACUCCUGUUAUCCUGGGUUCACUCUCUCAAACUCUGCUACCAUCAGCUGUCGUAAUGAUGGCACCUGGGGGCCGACCCCAACCUGCACAAUUGCCUCAUGCAAUCCUUUACCUACAAGCUUGAACUUUGGAACCAUCACAAAGGUUGAAGGAGACGGCACUGAGUUUGGAUCCAUCGUUAACUUUACUUGCAAUGCAGGCUACCAGAUAUCAGGAGAGCCCAUCCUCUUCUGUACCUUCAGCAGUACUUGGACUGCUUCUGUUCCUUCCUGUAUACCACUGAAUUGUCCGAUACCCCCCAUCCCUCAUGGAAGGUUGACCAACACACAGGAGGCCUUCUUUGGAGUCCUCCGCCAAGUCACUUGUGACAACGGCUACAGGCUCAACACCACCGGCAGCCAGGUCACAUGUGGUGCUGACCAAAUGUUUACAAACCUGGAUACCAUGGCGUGUGAAGGUAUCCAAUGCAUGGACCCCCCACCGCUGGACAAUGGCUACAUCCUGAACAGCCGCAAGUACUACCGAUUUGAAGAUAGAAUCAUCAUGUCCUGUAACAUUGGGUUCAACUUGAUUGGUCAGUCCCUUCGCAUCUGCCAAGCCAAUGGACGAUGGAAUGGGACAGCACCCACCUGUAGUCAUAUCGAUGAAUGUCAUGGACUAUGUGACCAGGACUGCAUGAAUACAGAUGGUUCUUACAAGUGUUCCUGUCGGCCCGGCUACACUCUCAAUGCUAAUGGACGCACCUGUGAUGAUGUUAAUGAAUGUAAUGCUGACAAUGGUGGUUGUAGCCAAGAGUGUGUGAAUGAUGUGGGAAGCUACAAGUGUCAGUGUGACUCAGGCUAUCAACUCUUCUCCAUGGAUGGCCAGCUCAACUACACCCUCGCCAACAAUGAGGAUGGCACCAUGGCAGGCGACAUUUACAGAUUCAACCAUACAUGUGUCCGUAUCCAAUGCAUGGACCCCCAACCACUGCACAAUGGCUACAUCCUGAACAACCGCAAGUACUACCGAUUUGAAGAUAGAAUCAUAAUGUCCUGUAACAUUGGGUUCAACUUGAUUGGUCAGUCCCUUCGCAUAUGCCAAGCCAAUGGACGAUGGAAUGGGACAGCACCCACCUGUAGUCCCGCCAUAUGUCCUCCUGUGAGUAUCCCGGGCAACCUGAAGACCACUCCUAGUGUGAUUCCAUCUGGUAGUGUAGACUACCUGGGCAAAGUCAAUAUUUCUUGUAAUGUGCCUGGCCGAGGAUCUUUCCUUAAACAACGUCAGUGUCUGCUGGAUCCCGACACUAAACAGUACAAGCUGUUCGGUGCACAGUUAGAGUGUGGAGUGAUUGACUGUGGCACACCAUCUGGUGUCCCUGGAGCUGUCAUACCUGCAGGCAUCCAAACAACCUACGGCACACAGUUUCAAUUUGUCUGUAAGAACCAGUACACAAAAGAGGGAACAUCCAGUCUAAAUAACGAUACUGUUCAGUGCAAGAGCAAUGGCUACUGGGGAUGGGGCACUCUCAGGUGUCUUGGUAAUACGUGCAGUGACCCUGGUCGACCUGUGGAUGGCACACAACAUGCAACUUCUUAUGAGGAGAAUAAUCAGGUCAACUAUACAUGUAAUCGCCCAGGCUACACCCUACAAGGUGCCACACCCCUCACCUGUAUACUCUACAGUGGUUUGUACUGGGACCGACCUGUCCCCACAUGUGUUGAUACCCAGAAACCUACAUUCAGCAACUGUGUGGCCGAAAAAACUGUCAGGAAAUACACAACAGCAUCAAAUGCUGUCACUCCUCCAACACCAUCUGACAAUACUGGCAUCAAGUCAAUGACCAUCACACCUACAUGGCCUUCAGAUCAGCUACUCAUUGUAUCCGAGGAAGACUUUGUAUUCACAGCUGAAGACUUCAAUGGCAACAAGGAAUUUUGCACUACAAAAGUCAAAGUAUUAGAUGAAGUACCACCAACAAUUCGAUGCCCAGAUCCACUGGUAGAGAAAUUCAAGGAAGAAACUGACCGCAAAUAUUGGCAGUUUAGUGUAUCUGCAUUAGGUAUGAUUGUAAGUGAUGACAGUGGCAGCACUCCCUCUGUUCUGUUCAACCCCCCAGCACUGAACAUUUCUGCAGCCUUCGUCAGCCAAGCCAACUUUGUUCAAUGGAUCACAGCUACUGCAAUUGAUGCUGCAGGAAAUAGGAACACAUGCCAAUUCCAGGUCAUGGCAAAAGCUGCCAUUUGUUCACCAACGUCCAUCCCCAAGCCUGUGAAUGGUCAGAAGUCCUGCAGAGCCCUCAGCAAUAAUGGUGGCUACACAUGCGAUCUUACUUGUGAUGCUAACUACGCCUUCUAUGACCAGUCUAGCCAGACAACCGUGACUACUUCCUGUAUCACAGGAAGUCCGUUCCCUCAAGCUGUGAUUCCUGCAUGUUCUUUCACACAAUCAGAGACAGCCAAAUUCACACAGAUCAUCAGAUUUUCUUAUGAUGCUAGUACAGCCAGUACUCUGGCAGAUACCUGUAAGCAGGGCUAUGCUACUAUGAUGACACCAGUACUUAACAGCCAGAGAACAAGGCUCAAUAAUUACUGUCUUAAUUUACGAGAAGUGCCGACUCUUAUUCUCCUUAUUGCCAGCCCACAGAAUGAUAUAUCCAUCAACACAGCUACAAACAAGGUUAUAAUCGACCUCACUCUGAUUUAUGAGGGGCGAGACACAGCCUUGCUGGCAUCUUGUGCGACUCUUGUGGACACAAUACUGAAGAACUUCAACUUUGAUGAGACAAAAGCAAUUGCAGGGUAUUCCCGUCAGCUGCUUCCUGUCUCCUGUCCAGCUAUCAACUCCACGUCUCCAGGGAUAGAAACCUUCCGGGAUUUCAGUUGUGCUUCAUACAGAAAGAAACUUACUCUGGGAAGCCUAAUUGCUUGCUUGAGAUGUCCUGUGGGUACUUACAACUCUGGAGGAAAUACAUGUACCGCUUGUCCUCUUGGACAAUACAAUGAUGUAGAGGGUGCCACCACCUGCAAGGACUGUUCAACUGGCCAAUGGACAUUCAGUAUUGGGGCUAGCUCUAACCUCAUGUGUAGACCUAUGUGUGGUUCUGGCGCAUUCUCUUCCACAAGACUCCCGCCAUGCCAAGUGUGUCCCUUGAAUACAAUUUGGGUUAACAGCACCUACUGUCGUUCAUGUGGCGCCAAUGAGAUCACCCGUGUUUAUGCUGCUACCGAAGCUAGUCAGUGCAAGGCCCAGUGUGGAGCAGGAACCUACAAUGCUAUUGAUGGUCAUGCUGAAUGCAUACCGUGUCCUAUAAACUUUUACCAGGACCAAGUUGGACAAAAGACUUGCAAGGCAUGCUCAACCAAUGAAGUAACAGCUGGGCCAGGGUCAACAGCGCAGUCGAACUGCACUAGCGGAGCUCUGUCUCCAGUGUGCAACAAAUACUGUCAGAAUGGAGGAGCAUGUAGUGUUAUCCGACACAGUCCCUCCUGCUCUUGUCCAAAAGGGUAUUCAGGACAGCGGUGUGAGAUUGGAGACAACCCUUGUGCCUCUAGUCCAUGUUACAAUGGCGGGACAUGCAACAUCCUCAAUGUGACAACAUAUUCCUGCAGCUGCCCAGCAGGCACCAGGGGUCCGAGAUGUGAGGCUGAUGUUAAUGACUGUACUUCAAGCACAUUGUGUCAGAAUGGAGGCAUGUGUCAAGACCAAAUCAACACUUUCAAAUGUCUCUGCAAGGAUGGAUUCACAGGAACAUUAUGCACCAGCCCUAAACCUAUAUGUGAUUUCCUGCCAUGUGGUAAUGGUGUGUGUAAUCCCAUCGGCUCAUUCCGUAGAGAGUGCACUUGUGUAGCUGGCUUUACUGGGAAAAAUUGCGAGACUAACAUUGAUGACUGCAAAGACAACCCCUGUUUAUAUGGUGGGACGUGCAUUGAUGAAGUGAACAACUACAGAUGUGAAUGCCCCCUUGGGUUGGUUGGUCCCCGGUGUGAAACACGACGAAACAAAUGUGCUGGUGUUACAUGCGGAAAUCGUGGCCAGUGUAUAGAUGACCAUGUGGAGAACACAUACCGAUGUAUCUGCAAUCCAGAAGCUUCUUAUGGAGAAUACUGUGAGUACAGUCUUUCAUUGAACAAAAAGUUAGAGACACCAACAUUCUCAAGGAAUGAAACAGGGAAGACAUUGAUGGACUGCAGGGACACCUGCAACAGUCAAGGAUCUUCCUGUCGGGCAUUCUCCUACUUCAGAGCUGAUCAGAGGUGCAUGCUUCAUUCCACAAGAGCUGACAACCUUCUUCCUCUUGUUCCUGAGCAAGGGGCUUCUUACUACGUCAAGAAGUGCAGCUAUAUCAAAGAUGAUUUCUACACUGAGUGGUACAACACCCCAGACAACCGCACAUCAGGGAACUAUGUCUUACUAAAUGAUAUGAGAAACACUCUGCAGCUGGACAUCUGUGGAGGUAGCUUCCCUAUAGAUAUACAAUGUCGGGACGCCACCACCAAGAAGACCUCAACCAAUGGUGGAAGUCGGUGUAUACUUGACCAAGGCUUCCUCUGUGACAAUACCCAACAACCAGCUGGAACCACCUGUAACCAAAAUGAAAUUCGUUUCAAAUGUGGAGUAAGUCGAGUAUUCAAGGGGAAAACAUGCAGCAUUCCCCCAUACUGUGCCAGUGCCCCAUGCAUGAACGGUGCCAGCUGUCGUGAGGUUGGGCUGACCUUUGUGUGUGACUGUGCCCCUGGUUAUGGAGGUUCUCUCUGCCAGAAAAACCAGGACAACUGUGCCAACCAACCCUGCUUGAAUGGCGGUACCUGCACAGAUGGUGUUAACACCUUCACCUGCACAUGCGCCACGGGAUAUGAAGGGUCUACUUGUGCUGGAACUAUCAACUUCUGUAACCCAAAUCCCUGUAACAGUACCGGCAGCCGGCAGUGCGCCAACAUCCACACCAGUCCAUACUGUGACUGCAAGCCAGGAUAUGACAACCCCGUCUGCAGUAACAACAUUGAUGAGUGUGCCAGCAGCCCCUGUCUCCACAAUGGCGUCUGCACUGAUGGCAUCAACGACUUCACUUGCGGAUGUAAGCCCGGGUGGACAGGAAAACGCUGCGAGAGGCUCGUUACCCCCUGCAGUUCCUCCCCUUGUAUAAACAAUGCAAACUGCUUUGACAUCUUCUCCAACUACUUCUGCAGAUGCAAGGCCAACACCUAUGGUCAGAAAUGUCAGUUUGCUCCCAGCAUAUGCGCUAAUGCCAACCCAUGUGUCAAUGGAAUGUGCUCCGAAUCAGCCGGGGUCACCACCUGUGCCUGUGGACAGAACUACACGGGCAAGGGCUGUGAAGUGCAGGUGCACCACUGUAAGGCGGGUACAUGCAAGAACAAGGCUGAGUGCAGUGCUCCCUCACUCAAUAACUACAAUUGCUCUUGCCCCACGGGUUUCACUGGCACAAACUGUCACACCAACAUCAACAACUGUGUGGGAGUGUUGUGCCCAGGAACAUCGAGAUGCAUUGAUGGAGUGGACCAAUAUUUCUGUCGUUGCCCCGUUGGCAAAAGUGGAAUAGACUGUAGUCAAGAUCUGGACCGCAACUAUGACAUGCUGUUUAAACUGCCACAGAAGACAAGCCAUGCUUACCUCCCCUACCCGAUCCAACUCACAGCUAACAAGCUCAGUGUCAGUCUGUGGGUCAGAUUCUGGGAGAAAGAUGGAACCGGGACAUUCUUCACUCUGUAUUCAGUCGAUGGUCCCAACAGCCUGGCUGGCAAGAAGCAACUGAUACGCAUUGACCAUUCCGGACUGACCAUUUCUGUGAAUGGUACCACUAGCAGUGUUAAACUGCCAUACUUUAAGUAUAAUGAUGGUAAAUGGAACCAGAUUGCAGUUACAUGGAAUGGCGAGACUGGACUCCUCAACUUUGUAGUCAACACUAUUGCCGAGGAUGUUCAAAACUAUGCGAAGGGCAUGAUGAUUGAUAAAUAUGUAUGGAUGGUUCUUGGGAGCAAGUAUGACCCUGUGACAGAGAUGCCUGUGCUGAAUGAAGGUUUCAAUGGCUGGUUGAGUCAGGUGUCACUCUACAACAGAGAUCUCACAUUUACAUCAGAAAUACCUCUGAAGCUGGAGAACCCACAACAGGUCUUCACUGAUGAAAUCUUUGCAUGGAAUGAGUUCCGCAGAUCCCAGGGUGUGUCUCUUGUCAUCCCGUCAACUGCUUCGUCCACAUCCUGCCCCAGGGGGUACUCAGGAGGGAACUGUGAAGUGGCAGAUGAGAAAAAGCUCCUUGUGUCCCCCACAAAGUGUCCUGGCGACAUAGUCCAAUUGGGAACAACUCGCAUCACUGAAGUGACCUGGGAUGAUCCUGUAUUUGUGGGGAAAGAUUCAACCAUCAUUUCCACUCACAAGUCAGGUGAUGUGUUUCUGUGGGGCCGCUAUCAGGUCGUAUAUCUUGCCAGCAACUCAGCAGGAAACAAGGGACUCUGCACCUUCAAGAUCUUCAUCCAAUAUUCCAGCUGCACGCCGCUACAGAAUCCUAUCCGUGGAAAUGCACAAAGGAGUGUUAUCAGUGACCCUCUGAUUAAAACUAGUAUCAAUUGUGAUUCUGGCUAUUCCAUUGUACACCCAGUCCCGAAACUCUACACGUGUCCCAGGAUCGGAAGUUACAACCCACCAAUGAAGUACAACUCAUUCCGACUACCACCAUGUGGAGUAAUUGUUAACAACAAUCUAUACCAAGUGAUAGUACAGCUGUUCUACACUGUAACCUCCACCAACCCUUCUGGCAUUGAAACCAGCAUGAGGACUGAGAUACUCAGUGCACUGAGAACACUCAAUGCCGAGUGGAGUAAUGGACUAUGCGAUAAAACCGACUGCUCUGAUGCCGUCAUCAACAUUCAGAGUGGAUUAACAGCUGGACGGAGGAAGAGGCAGGCAACUCUGGACACCAGCGUCAACAUCACCCUCCCAAUGGCAAAAGCGUCUUCAAGCCUUGGGUCUUUACGUCUCACCCCUGAUGACAUACUCCGUCUGGCUGUGCUAAACCAGGGCAAGUUUGACUUCUCACGGAACAUCCCAAAUGCAGUUCCUAUAAGGGACCUCCUUAAGAUACUACUUUCCAUCUCAUGUGCCACAGGACAGGCAGUUGUUAACGGAAAAUGUGUAAAAUGUGCUCCCGGUACCUACUACAUUGCUGCCACAAUGACAUGUGACCUGUGUCCAGUCGGUCAGUAUCAGCCGAAUGAGGCUCAGUCUAGCUGUCUGCCCUGUGGAAGCAAGACAACAGAACUUGCUGGGUCAUCUAGUGCAAGUGACUGCAAAGUUACUUGCACAACUGGUCAUAAGUUUGACAAUGCUGGCAACACUUGUCUUCCUUGUCCAAUCGGGUUCUAUCAAAACAUGACAGGCCAGUUCUUCUGCUACCCUUGCUCUGUGGAGAAAACAACCAGAACCACAGCCUCCAUCUCUGAAGGCCAGUGCUACGUUGAGUGCGGUAAGGGGCAUCAGCUGGCCCCAAAUGGAACCUGCCAAGAAUGCCCCCUGGGCAAGUACCGCAGUGCUGUUAUGUCCAAGUGUGAAGACUGUGCUACUGGCCUGACAACUAAUUCAACUGGAGCGGAUGCUAUGAGUUUGUGCAAUGUUGGGGACUGUCAAGCUGGGUUUUUCCGGAACAACGUGAAGCAGACUGAGUGCCUGAAAUGUCCACGUGGAACCUACCAGGAUCUGAAGCAGCAGUACAGCUGCAAGGCGUGUGGCAGCAGCCCUCAGUACAUCACAGUGGGAGAUGGCUCAACAUCUGCAGCAGAGUGUAGAUUUGUUUGUGAAGAUGGAUUUCAAAGGUUUGUGCAACAAAAUGUGGACACAUGCAUCCCUUGCCCGGUCGGAUUCUAUCGGAAUAAAACCCUCCUACCAUAUGAUGUGUGUGCAUCAUGUGGCCCUGACCGCAGCACUGCAUCAACCCACUCCAAGUCAUUCAGUGAUUGUUCCAUCUUGAAAUGCCCAGUUGGACAGCAACCAGACUCAACCAAUGCAAACUGUGUUAACUGUCCAUUCGGGACAUAUCAAAAUCAGUCAAACCAGCCAAACUGUAUGCCCUGUACUGGCCAAACCAGCACUCGCCAGAAUGGCUCGCAAAGCAGGACACAAUGUGAAGCUUAUUGUAAUGGAGGUCAAGAGAAGCUUGCAGAUGGUUCAUGUCGGACAUGUCCUAUAGGCUACUACAAGGACAAUAGUGUCUAUAAGUUCAUGUCAUGUGAAAAGUGUCCAAUCAAUUUCGUGACAUCUGCACCUGGAGCUGACUCAGCUGCAAAGUGCAAUAUAUACCAGUGCCAAGCUGGUUACAAGAUUGUGGGCAAUGGAUGUGAGGCAUGUCCUGUGGGCUAUUAUCAACCAGAACCAUAUAAGAGUUCCUGUAAGAUGUGUCCCGGUAAUACCUCCACCCGACAGAAUGCCACUGUUAAUGUCACACAAUGUGAAGCACAUUGUCCAUCUGGUUCUGAGAAGGAUAUGACCACAGGCCAAUGUAAACCAUGUGCGAGGGGUUUCUAUAAGGCAAACAGUGCUGGUGUGUUCAGCGAAUGUGUUAUGUGUUCAUCUACCUUCAUCACUGUAUCAACAGGAUCUACAUCUAGUAGUGACUGUUCAGUUCACAACUGCACUGCCGGCCAGAAAACAACAAGCACAGGAUGUGUGGACUGUCCCAAAGGAUCGUACCAGUCACAGAAGUGGCAGACAAACUGCGCCAUGUGUGCCACAGACAAGACCACAUCCACCAGUGGGGCCACAUCAGCCACUGACUGUAUCUUGAGCUGUCCUCCAGGCAAGGAAGACAUUGCUGGGGUCUGUGUAUCAUGUAAGCAGGGAUUCUACAAGAGUGAACAGAAGGCCUCUCUGUGUAUGGAAUGUCCUACAAACAAAACAACAUCAGGCAGUGGAGCCACCGCUUCAACAGACUGUAACCAAAUUGGUUGUCCAGCCGGGUAUUUUCAAGACUCCUCUACUUCCUGCCAACCAUGUACUUACGGAUUCUACCAACCUAAAAAGUGGCAGUCAAAUUGCGAUAAAUGUGAUACCGGAAGUACAACAUAUAGUCUGGGAGCAAUGGCUGUAACAGACUGUGUCGUGGAUUGUAGUACGGGACAGCAGUUCAACGCUGGCACAGGUAAAUGUGAACAAUGUCCCCAAGGCUACUAUCAGAACAAGCUCAAUCCCGAACUGUCGCAGUGUAUCAUGUGUUUUGACACCAAUGUUAUCACUGCUGGACCUGGAGCCACAUCUGCUGCCAGCUGUACUGUCAAAAACUGCACAACCCCUGGACAGUACCGAAAUAGUACUACCAACCUCUGUGAAGACUGCCCUGUCAGAACCUACCAGGACACGAAAUGGCAGGAUUCUUGCAAGACAUGUGCAACAGGUUACACCACACGCAACACGAAAAGUCCAAGUUCGGCAAGCUGUCUUCGUGACUGUGAAGCAGGCAAGACACAAAUCGGGGAUGCCUGUACAGACUGUCCUGCAGACUCCUACAGAAACAAGACCACCUGGACCUGUCAACCAUGCCCCGCUGGCCUCAAGACCUCGAAUGUGGGGGCCCCGUCAGUGAAUGCCUGCAACGAGUAUUCUUCAACGCCUUCCCCUCCACCUGAGACUGUGAACAUACAAGCCAUAAUUCUGGGAUGUGUUGCCUUGCUGUUUCUUGUUGUGAUCAUCGUGAUGGCAGUAUUUAUUGUUCGCAGGAUGAGGAAACAGAAAGCUGAGGAAAACUAUGACCACCCGUCCAGAGGCCCAGACCAGGCCAACAUAUAUGCUGAACUUAAUGAUAACAGACAGAAUACUGGAGAUGAGACAGGCUAUGAAAUGAUGGAUGUUUCCCCGUCAUAAAAAGACUCGACAUAAUGGAAUGGAAAAAACAAAUUGCAAUUAUUUUAUAAUCAUUAUAAUUCUUUUAUCAUUUUAUAAUUAUUAAUUUAUUAUUAAAUUUAAACAUAAAGAUACCAGUAUACAGCAGCUUGAAAGGGAAACAUCAUUUGAGGUGGGAUGUACAUUAUUUUUACAGCAAUAUGCAUUUGAUUGGCAUUUGACAUGUGACUUGUUGGUCACAGAACAUUUAUCAAUCUGAAAAUCAAUAAAGUCAAUAUCAUAAUUAUUAUUGAUUUUCAGUGAAUGAAUAUGACAAUUAGUUACCUUUGCCUCUGGGUGUUUAAUAUAUACUGGGUACCAGAAUUUCAAAUGACAGUAUCGGUUCAGAUUAUUAAUAUCCUCUUAGAGAAAAGAGUGGUCUAAGCAGUCAGUUAGUGACUACAUGAAUCUUGUUUCAUGCCGCAGGCAGCAGUUUUCCAUCAGAAUGACCUGCAAGUAAUCGACUCUUGGUCAGGCAGACCAAGUAUGUACUUUGGAAAAGUAUGGGCUACUCAUGACUGUUUCUACACAGGAAUCAAAACUAGGUCAUUUUGUUGUGAAGAAUUGCUUUCACUAGCUGAAAUAAAUAUUAGUUUGAUUCCUUUUUUAAUAUGAUUCAUGGUUGAUGUCAUACUCUGUUUACAAUAUUUAUGACAUGUCAUUUCCCUCCUACAUCAUAGUUGGUGCUCACUUACAUGACUGAAGGGGAAGUGGGGUAGACAAGUUUGCUCGUCACACCAACGUCCUGGGUUCAUAAGCCUACAAUUGGUACAGUUUGUUAGAUCCGUUUCUGGUGUCCCCCAUCGUGUGAUUUCUUGAAUAUUGCUGAAAUAAAUGAGGUCAAACUCAUUUUCUAAUGAUCUGUAACUGAUAAUUUACGUAAGGGGAUUGAGGAAAUUCAAAGCCACGAGCUGCAGCCACUGCCACUUAUGAAGUGUAUACAGGGGCUAUGUACUGAAGCAGUAGCACCCCUGAACAGAGAUUUACUUUUUCAAUGAUAGCAUCUCUCAACUGACAUAAUUCUGUGGCAUAGUAGAACCCAUUGUUAGUCUCACCUUGGCAAUAAUGAUUAUCCCAAAGCCAUGACUUGCCAGUUGACUCCAUCCGCUUGUAGGGGUGAGGCCAGAUGUUUCCAAUGUGUGGAUAUCUUGCAAGGUUCACGUUUCUCAUAGAAGUCUUUUUGGGAUGAUUCUGUGAAUGGUCAAAAGGUCCCUGGAGAUGUUCAGUCUGCUCUCAUCUGGUGUCAACAUUCUGGGGACCUUUCUGUGUGUUAGUUAUAAUUAGAUGGACUGUAUGGAUCCAAAGCUGUUCCUGAAUGUGUAAUGGAAAGCCUCCACUUGAGUUUCAGACCUAGCAUCUUUAAAAUGACCAGACCUAGGGUCAUCUUCUGUACUACUUCAGCCUCACUGUAAUUCCCAUUUUUCAGCAUCCCAUUUCUUAACAGUUGAACAUGUCAAAGAGCAGCCAUCUCAAGUAUGCAUUUCACAUCGUCACAUGUUUCCUUUGGGGACAUUGCCAUUUUGUGCAGGUACUCAAUCACAGCUUCUCUCAACCCUGUGAAAUUCUCCAGCUGACUGCAUGAAAACAGGUGCAAUUAUUAGUCCGUAACGUGCAUAUGUCUUCCAAGCAAUGAUCAAUAUUCUUCAUACACAUGUUGAAACCUUGUAUCACACAAAGCAAUAUCCGUAGGGCCACAAUGGUUUAUCCAAUUCAGACUUCAAAAUGAGAUAUAACUUGUGGAGAAGUGGUAUUUUGAUGGCGAGCUACUAAAGACAGCAACUUAUCAUUAUUAUUUAGGUAUUAUAUUUUCUACCAGGUUGUCAUGGACAGUGUGUACAAAAACUCAUGUUUCAAAAGCCAGUAAAGCUCUGUUUGUUAUUAAGCAAUUACAGCAUAAAUACCCAAAUAUUCCUGUAGAUAUGUUAAUUAAGUUGUUUGAUUGUAAAAUAAAACCUAUUUUGUUAUAUUGGGCGGAGGUGUGGGGCUUCCAUGAAAGAGCUGUUAUUGAAAGAUUUCAUAAUUACUUUUGUAAAUAUGUAUUGAGUGUUGGUAAACAUGUACGAGUAGUGCAGCUUUAGCCGACUGCGGUAGACAUGGACUUUAUAUAGAUUACUACCAAAAAUGUGUAAAGUACUGGUGUAAAUUGUUAAGAAUGUCAGAUGAUCAUUAUUCAGGACAAUGUUACCUACUUAUUAAGAAGUUAGAUUCAACAGGAAGGAAGACAUGGGCAUCCUGUGUAAGAUUGUUGUUAUACACGUAUGGUUUUGGAUAUGCAUGGGUUAGUCAAGAUAUUAAAGAUAUUUCAUAUUUUCUGUCGAUGUUCAGACAGAGAUUAGAAGAUUGUGGAAAACAAAACAUUUUUAGUAUUAUCAAUGAUUCAAAAUGACUUGCACAUUAUAAGAAUAUUAAGUCAUUGCUGACUGUUGAAUAUUAUGUUACAAACAUCAAUGUCAGGGAAUUAAGAAGAUAUAUGUGUUUGUUGAGAUUGCAUGAACUGCUGUUGCGUUGUAAUAUCAGAUGUAAAGAAUCUAUAACUGUUAACCAAAUUUGUAGGAUGUGUAAUACUAACAGCAUUGAAGAUGAACUCCAUUUCAUAUUUGAUUUCGAGGCAUAUGUAUUGUUGAGAAAUAAGUACAUACCGAAGUGGCAUAUUUCAUCAAACAUUUGUAAAUUUAAUAAAUUACUGACUUCUAAAGAUGUGUCAAUCCUUAACAAAUGUGCUAAGUUCGUUAAAGAAGCUCUGAAAUGUAAAUAUACACUUGAUUGUAAAAAUAUUGUGUUAUCUACCACCUAAUUGCCAUAUAUGUAUGAUAUUUUUGUAUCAACUGUGUACAUGGGCCAAUGGCCUACAAAACAGAUAAUAAACUUACCAUUAUAUAA